AUGGAGAUCUUAGAAGCACAAUCUACUGCUUCAUCACAGCCUAUCGAGCAUCGUUUCAAUCCCUACUCGGACAAUGGUGGCACAAUUUUAGGAAUUGCUGGUGAAGAUUAUGCUUUAAUAGCUGGAGAUACUCGUCAUACCACUGGAUACAGCAUCAAUUCCAGAUAUGAACCCAAAGUGUUUGAUGUGGGCGACAACCUGGUUGUAUCAGCUAAUGGAUUUGCUGCUGAUGGUAAUGCCCUUGUCGAUGCCAUUAAGAAUAGAGUCGAAUGGUAUCAUCAUGCUCAUAAUAAGCCAUUAAAAGUACAAUCACUAGCACGACAGAUUCAGCACCUGCUUUAUAGAAAGAGAUUCUUCCCGUACUAUGUGCACACAAUUUUGGCCGGUCUCGACGACGAAGGAAAGGGUGCUAUAUAUUCGUAUGAUCCCGUUGGUUCCUACGAGAGAGAGCAAUGCCGAGCAGGAGGUGCUGCUGCCAGUCUUAUCAUGCCUUUCCUGGAUAACCAAGUAUACUUCAAGAACCAAUUCGACCCUGCCACCCAGCAAUACAGAGUGCGAUCAUACCUCCCCAUUGACGACGCCAUCAAAAUCGUCCGUGACGCAUUCAGCUCGGCCACCGAGCGCCAUAUCCACGUCGGUGACGGUCUCGAGGUGCUCAUUGUUACCAAAGCCGGUAUCGAGAAGCGCUACUUCCCUCUCAAGCGCGAUUAG